UUAUCGGCCUACCUGUUAAGGACUGCGCAUGCGCCUUCUCGCCUCCCCGUUGGCGCGACCGGUUAUGCAAAGAACGUCCAGGCCGCCAGCCAAUCGUGGUGAAGGAGGCGUUGCGGAGUGCUCGCGCGAAAGGUUCAGAGAAAAUUAGUGCCAAGUUCCCUUAUUGACUGGAUCGGCUAGUGGGAAUAUGGCUGUAAUGACACACCUAAAGAUUUACAGGGUAUGGUUUCUCAGCUGCCUAGUUCUUAUAUCCUCGAUAUGUUUGGCUGAGGAUCACCAUCCAGGCGGCAACCAUCAACCAAAUGCACGCCUUGAUAAGACCAUGGUGCAAGAUAAAGAUCAUAUCAUGGAACACUUAGAAGGAGUUAUAGACAAGCCAGAAUCUGAAAUGUCACCACAAGAGCUGCAGCUUCAUUACUUCAAAAUGCAUGACUAUGAUGGCAACAACUUGCUUGAUGGGCUUGAGCUUGCCACUGCAAUAACACAUGUGCAUAAAGAGGAAGGAGGCGAACAUACUCCAACGAUGAAAGAAGAGGAACUAAUUAGCUUGAUAGAUGGCGUCUUGCAAGAUGACGAUAAAAACAAUGACGGAUACAUUGACUAUGCUGAGUUUGCCAAGUCACUGGAAUAGCAAUAAUUUUCUUGUUCUUGUGACCCAGUACAAUGUGAUUCUUUAUUUUAUGGUUGUAUGGUCUAUCCUUUAGACUGCAAAAUGAGUGAGUUGGGGGAAAUAGUUUGAUGAAUCACUAAAUAUGAGAGCAAAAGUUAGGUUAUAAUGCGAGUUGUUUCAUACUGUCAUCUUAGUGAACUAUGUUGAGCAUUGGCCCUCUUAGGAGAUAAUCUGAGAAUUGGCUUAAAUACUUGUUCAAAAGGCUGCUGUGAAACUAAUUUAACUCCUGGUUAAUUUUUGGAGAAAUGCCGUUAUCACUAAGUAUAAAUAUUGAAGGACUCUGGUUUGAAAUUUAAUCGUGAGCUAAAGUGGUUAGUAUUAUUCAGUGCUUACUCUUGUUUUUGAAUUCGCCACUCACUUUUUUUCAAAAAUGAAGGAAAAGCCACAUGCAGGAAAAAUAGCUCCUUCUAAAGGGCUAAAUUCAAAUGUUAAUGUUCACUGGAAUAGACUGAAAAUGAAAUUUAAAUAAAUGGUGACUCUUAUUGAGUCAGUAGGUCUUGCUCUGGUCAAUGCUAACAAUUGGUUUAGUCCGAAAUCUGUUGAUGUUGUUGAAAAGGUUAUAUACUUUAUUAAUUAUCCUUUGAAAUGAAUGUGAACGUAAAAGUGCUUAGAAUUUGUCUGCAAUGUUUCUUAAAUAUCUAAAAACAUGUAUACCCACAUGUCUGUUUUUCAGAUGUCUUGGAAUUCUACAGAGUUUAUGUUCUACACUAAAUUAUUAUUAUAGAAUUGGGAUUUCUUUAAUGUUAUGUAUAUACUUAUUGUUGUUUGUAUUAUACCAUCAAUACAGUAUUUUUCAUUUUCAAAAGAGGUAGGUUACUACUAUUGGUGAAGCCCUUCACUAUUAUUCCUUUGUUUACCUAAUUGAAUUUUAUAACCACAAUCAAAUGCUGCCUUGUUAAGGUUCUCAUCAAUAUACCUUGACUUGAAUUCAUGGUGUUAACUAUGGAAAUACUUUGUAUUUUUUCUAAAACUCUUUAAAGAGUGUAUUUGAAUACUUGAAUAUGUUUAUUUAAAGUAAUUCAAGAACUAUCUACAGCUUUUGUUUAAGUAGAGUGCAGUAGCCUUUUGCAGAUCCAAAAGUAGUAUGUUUUGUUGUCUGAGCUGUUGUAUAAACCAGAUCAGAAAGUAUACAUUUAUUUAAUCAGGUACAUCAUAUUCACAGACAAACCCCCAUAUGCUCUCUGUAAAUUGUAUAGAGACCUAUUUUCUGUAUUAAAACUAUUCUUAUAUGAAGUGUAUUUGUAAAAAAAUUCCUUUGUUAACUGUGCAAUUAAAAAUAUCCUUGAUUGUA